AUGUUUGAACUGAGGCUAGUCCAGGGUAGUCUACUGAAGAAAGUUCUUGAAUCACUCAAAGAUUUGGUGAAUGAUGCAAACUUCGACUGUUCGGCUACUGGUUUUUCAUUGCAGGCCAUGGAUUCCAGCCACGUGGCCUUGGUGACGCUUCUGCUCCGCUCAGAGGGCUUCGAGCACUAUCGAUGCGACCGAAACAUUACGAUGGGCAUGAACAUGGGAAACAUGGCCAAGAUGCUCAAGUGCGCUGGAAAUGAUGACAUUAUCACCAUCAAAGCUGAUGAUGGAACUGACACCGUUACCUUCAUGUUCGAGAACCCUUCUCAAGAUAAGAUUGCUGAUUUUGAGAUGAAGCUCAUGGACAUUGAUAGUGAGCAUCUUGGGAUUCCAGAAACAGAAUAUGAAGCCAUUGUGAGAAUGCCGUCUGCAGAAUUUGCUAGGAUUUGCAAAGAUCUCAGCACCAUUGGUGAUACCGUUGUGAUAUCUGUGACAAAAGAAGGUGUGGGGUUCUCCACUAGAGGUGACAUUGGUACAGCUAACACUGUCUUGAGGCAAAAUACAUCAGCAGACAAGCCAGAAGAUGCUACAAUUAUAGAGAUGGAGCAAUCUGUUACACAAACCUUUGCCCUGAGGUAUAUGAACUCCUUUGCAAAGGCCACCCCACUUGCAAACCGAGUGACAAUCAGCAUGUCUUCUGAACUGCCAGCCGUAGUUGAGUACAAAAUUGCAGAGAUGGGCCACCUCAGGUUCUAUCUGGCUCCUAAAAUAGAAGAUGAAGAGGAAAUUGCAGGUCAGGCUGAGACCAGGACUAGGAAGGAAACCGAGUCUAAAUUGGAGAAGAAGCCCGACUUGAAGCCCAUGCUUCUUGAAGAAUCUGAACCUGACGAAGAAAGCAAGAUUAAAGUGGAAAUCAAGCCCAAGGUUGAAUCCGACAAUUAUACUCUUGUUGAAACCAAACCCAAGGUUGAAUCUGACAAUUAUACUCUUGUGGAAACCAAGCCUGAAGCAGAAUCAAACGGUGAAUCCGAAGUUAUGGAGGUUGAAUAG